AUGCCUUCCGACGACUGGGUUCAGAAAUUCGAGACCCUUCAGGUCCACGCUGGCCACUCGCCAGAUCCUGCCACCAAUUCCCGCGCUGUGCCCAUCUACCAGUCUACCUCGUUCACCUUCAACGACAGUGCUCAUGGCGCCAGGCUGUUUGGUCUGAAAGAGUUUGGGAAUAUCUACAGCCGGAUCAUGAACCCUACCGUGGAUGUCUUGGAGAAAAGAAUCGCCGCCCUCGAAGGGGGCAUUGCCGCUGUGGCCGCUUCAUCCGGUCAAGCUGCGCAAUUCAUGACCAUUGCGGCGCUGGCGCACGCUGGGGACAACAUCGUCUCGACGUCCAACCUGUACGGCGGCACCUACAAUCAGUUCAAGGUUAUGUUUCCCCGCUUGGGUAUUCAGACCAAGUUCUUGACCUCGGAGAAACCCGAAGACUUCGAGGCCGCCAUUGAUGACAAGACCAAAGCUGUGUAUGUCGAGACCAUUGGCAAUCCUCGUUACAACGUCCCAGACUUUGAGGCGAUUGCCAAAGUCUGCACUGCCAAGGGGGUGCCUCUGGUGGUGGACAACACUUUUGGCGCCGGUGGCUACUUCUGUCGGCCGAUCCAACAUGGUGCACAUAUCGUUGUGCACAGUACGACUAAAUGGAUUGGCGGCCAUGGCACCUCCAUUGGUGGCAUCAUUGUCGAUUCGGGCAAGUUUGAUUGGGCAGGCAACGCGAAAAGGUUCCCUCAAUUCAACGAUCCCGCUCCGGGCUAUCAUGGCUUGAAGUUUGUUGAUACCUUUGGGCCUUUGGCCUUCCUCAUUCGAGUGCGUGUGGAGAUCCUGCGUGAUUUGGGAUCCUGCAUGUCGCCCUUCAACGCGCAGCAGUUCAUCCUGGGUGUUGAGACACUGAGCUUGCGAUGCGAGCGGAUUGCGGAGAACGCGUUGAAGCUGGCGAAAUGGCUCGAGAAACAUCCUAACGUGGCGUGGGUGUCGUAUCCUGGGCUGGAGAGCCACCCCUACCAUCAACUAGCCAAGAAAUAUCUUCCCCGCGGGUUUGGAGGCGUCAUGUCUGUCGGAGUCAAGGGUGGCUCCGCCGCAGGUUCGCAGGUGGUGGACGGAUUCAAGAUUAUUUCCAACCUGGCCAAUGUUGGAGAUGCAAAGACGCUCGCCAUUCAUCCGUGGUCGACGACCCACGAACAACUGACCGAGCAGGAGCGCAUAGACUCGGGCGUCACCGAAGACAUGAUUAGAAUCAGUGUGGGGAUUGAGCAUAUCGACGACAUUAUUCACGACUUUGAGCAAAGCUUUGCUGCCAGCGAAGCUGCCCGACCGGACGCAGAGGGCAACAAGGACAAUGCAGCGACGGGAGCGAAACCAAGUGGUGAUGCGGCACUCAGUGGGGCUACCUGA